AUGGUUUUACCCCCACAACUACUCAACCAUGUUAGUAAUUGUUUCCAACUAGAGGAAAUUGAAUGCUAUAACAAUCAAUUAACUAAUAUCAUUCUUCCUAACAAUCCAAUUAAUCUAAAAAAAUUAUCUUUGUCUAAUAACAAUUUCCCUGAUACUCAGGACUUAUCUUUUUUAACUGGGGCGGUUAAUUUAAUAGAAAUUUAUUUAAGAGGUAAUGAAUUUACUGGUUCCCUAGAACCUUUAAAGGACUUAAUAAAAUUAGAGGAACUAAACAUCAGUGAUAACCAGUUAACUGGUUCUUUAGAUUAUUUAAGUAAUCUGAGUAAGUUAAAAAAACUUGAUAUUAGCAACACGGAUCUAAAUGAAGUCAAUAUCGAUAAAUUACCUCAAAGUUUAGAGGAGAUUAAAUAUUCAACGUUAGAAAGACCGAACUGUAAAUUGACCACCAUUGUUUCAGAAUUAGAAAAAGGAGAAUAUGCCGAAUUUAAUCAACAAAUUAAAGAAACUGAAGUAUUUAACCAAACCUUGCCUGCUGAAAUAAGAAGUUCUAAAUAUAAAUUACAUCCAGGAGCAGUUAUGCAUAGUAAACUUAUCAAUACCAAACAAAUUACCGAGUUAAUUAAUCUUUCGACUGUUGAUCUCGAUUCUUCUGAAAUUGACCUUGACUUGGAUCAGUUGGACAUCAUCUCAGAAGAUGAAGAAAAAAACGAUGGCAAGAAAUUUUGUUGCUCUAAAUGCAUGUAUAAAUACUAUGAUUUUAAAUGUGCUGAAUGUGGCAAGAUUUUACCAGGCGUAUCAUUUGAAAAAGAUGGUAAACAUUUUUGUGGAACUGCUUGUCAAGAUAAAUAUACUGGUAGAGAAACCAAAGGGCAAAUCUCUGAUUUCUGA